UUUUACAAAUGAUUUUGCUGAAAUAAUUUUUAUUUUGCUAAUUUUAUUUUAAUAUAUAUCCAAAAUUCCCAAGCACCAAUGAAUUACUACAAUCAAAGUACAUCAUAUUCUGCCAAUCCAGUAACAACAACAGGAGCCAAUGAAGUUAAAACUGACUACAAAGUACAUGACGCAUCUGCAACCAAUUCCUUUGUCUAUAACUACCAUGAAACCCCAGGUAUAUCAUAUACCCCAUUCAAUCAUCCCCCACCAAAUAUACCCGGAUAUUAUACUAGCAAUGUAAAUCCAUAUUAUUCACAAAGUGCCUCCAGUACCAAUCCCCAAAUCCCACAAUAUGCUGCUUUGCCGCCCGCUUCGAGCCAACCUGUUCUAUUACCCGAUCUUACAAAACCUCCACCCAAUUUUACACCUGUGAAUUAUAAUACCAGUGUGAUUCCAUAUAUUCCAAAUUCUUCGACUAACUAUUAUGGAUAUACACCAACACCUGGUGCAGUACUACCGAGCAAAUAUUCGAAAAGUGACGAUCAUAAAACCAAAUCACCGAUUCGUAAUGAGUCACGUAAAUAUGAAUCGUCGCGUAGAGAUGAUUCAUAUAAAUCAUCGUCAAGAGGUCGAAGUCCACCACGUGAUAAAUAUUAUCGAUCGUCGUCGAAUUAUCCUUACAGACGUGAUCGAUCUAGAUCAAGGGAUAGUUCAAGUCGUCGUAAAUACAGAUCCAGGUCACGAUCAAGAUCUCCGUCCCGUUCGCGACCCUCCCGGAAAGUCGAAAGUGAACGUGAUCAAUUGUUAGAAAAAUGGCGGCGUAACUAUUGCAAUACAAGUGAUGAAAUGACAAGUCGAUUACGUGAUUGGAUGACCCAAGAGGAUGAAAAAGAGAUAAUACGUUCAACGCCAGCAGAAAAAUAUUAUACACGAAAAAUCGACAAUGCAAAGAUUGUUCGAGCAACAAAUAGUUUGUUGGACUUGUGUGACAAAUUUAAACAUGAACUAGUGGAUCGUGCUCAACGUGUCCGUAGCACUAAGCCCAAAUAUGAAUUACCACCAAGAAAAACUCGUACGAGACUGUGCAAGCAUAAAUCCGAGAAAUGCAGUUCUUCAGAUAGUAGUUCAGAAGAUAUGACCGACGAAGAAGAUUGUACCAUGGAAGAGUUAGUUCGAAAACAACGUCAUCCUGAUCGAUUACAUCUAGAAAUGUGGUACAAUGAUCCUGGUGAAAUGAAUGAUGGUCCAUUAUGCCGAUGUUCCCUAAAAGCUCGAAAAUCAGGUAUACGGCAUGGUAUUUACGCUGGUGAGAAAACAUUAGCCAAAUGUGACGUAAAUACGAAUAACGCUGAUAGAUUGUACCAUUAUCGUAUAACAAUAUCACCACCGACGAAUUUUCUCACGAAAACACCAACAAUUAUUCGACAUGACGAUCAUGAAUUUAUUUUUGAGGGUUUUUCGAUGUUGUCACAUUUUCCGUUGGAGAAGUUACCCACUUGUAAAGUAAUUCGAUUUAAUAUCGAAUAUACGAUCCUGUACGUCGAAGAAAAGGCUUCAGAAAAUUUUUGUAUUCGUGAAUUGGAUUUGUUUCAUGAUUAUUUGUUUCGAGAGAUUCUAGAAUUGGUAGAUUUUAAUUUAAAAGCUGCAGGUGAUGAAAAUGGAUGUUCACAGUUUCAUUUUAUGCCCAGAUUUGUACGAGAUAUCGAAGAUGGUAAAGAAAUUUUAUCGAUGUGCGAAGUUUUACGAUAUUUGCUAAAGAAUUCAUAUCUAUUGAUCGAAGAUUCGUUUCUACCAGAAAUGGUUGCAAAAACACAAUAUGAAUGGCAAAAUUUUGCUGAUGAAAUUAAAGGUAUGGUCGUUACAUAUCCCGGUAAAAAACCAUGUUCGGUGCGUGUCGAUCAGUUAGAUCGUAACAUGAAUCAACAAACUGAAGGGAAAUACGUUUAUCCAGAAAUUGUACAUUUUGGUAUCCGACCACCGCAGCUUAGUUAUGCUGGAAAUCCAGAAUAUCAACGAGCUUGGCGUGAUUAUGUAAAAUUUCGCCAUUUAUUAGCAAACAUGCCAAAACCAUCGUUUGAAGAUAAACGAAAAUUAAGUGCGAAAGAAGCCAGAUUACAGGAUAUGCGUACUGCAAGUAAAUUAAAACGUGACGUUACGGUUGCAGUGAGUGCCCAAGGUUUUCAUCGAACGGGUAUUAUGUGCGACAUUGUUCAGCAUGCUAUGUUAAUUCCAGUUCUGGUAUGCCAUUUACGAUUUCAUCAUUCGUUAGACGUUCUCGAAAGUAAUAUUGGAUACAAAUUUAAGAAUCGUUUUCUACUUCAACUCGCUUUAACGCAUCCAUCAUAUCGUGAGAAUUUCGGCACAAAUCCAGACCAUGCACGUAAUUCCUUAACAAAUUGUGGUAUUCGUCAACCAGAGUACGGGGACCGACGAAUACAUUACAUGAAUACUCGAAAACGUGGUAUCAAUACGUUGAUUAAUAUUAUGUCGCGCUUUGGGAAAAAGGAUGAAACGGAAUCGAAUAUUUCACAUAAUGAGCGUUUAGAAUUUCUUGGCGAUGCUGUUGUCGAAUUUUUAACGUCAAUUCAUUUGUUUUUUAUGUUCCCUGAACUCGAGGAAGGUGGUUUAGCUACAUAUCGUGCGGCCUUAGUACAAAAUCAACAUUUGGCAGUUCUUGCCAGAACUUUGCAACUAGAUCAGUACAUGCUAUACGCACAUGGGUCAGAUCUAUGUCACGACCUAGAAUUACGUCAUGCAAUGGCGAAUUGUUUUGAAGCUUUAAUGGGUGCCUUAUUUUUGGAUGGUGGUAUAAAUGUACCUGAUAAAGUAUUUGGAGAAACGCUGUUUCAAGAUUCAAAUGAACUAUUAAAAACAUGGCAAGAAUUGCCUCCACAUCCGUUACAAGAACAGGAAAAGAAUGGUGAUCGACGACAUAUUGCUAAUGUAAAAGUUUUGCAAAAUUUACAAAAAUUUGAGAAAUCAAUUGGGGUGGAAUUUACACAUAUUCGAUUAUUGGCUCGUGCAUUUACCGAUCGAAGUAUUGGUUUUACAAAUUUAACGCUAGGUUCCAAUCAACGUUUGGAGUUUUUAGGUGAUACGGUUUUACAAUUAAUUUCGUCGGAAUAUCUGUAUAAACAUUUUCCAGAACAUCAUGAAGGGCAUUUAUCUCUUCUACGUAGUUCCUUAGUCAAUAAUCGUACUCAAGCAGUAGUUAGCGACGAUUUAAAUUUAUCCAGUUAUGCCAUGUAUAAUAAUCCCAAAGCUGAACUCAAGACCAAAGAUCGGGCUGAUCUUUUGGAAGCGGUCCUUGGUGCUUUAUAUGUUGAUAAGGAUCUGGAUUAUUGUACGACCUUUUGUAAUGUGACUCUAUUUCCACGCUUACAAAAUUUUAUUAUGAAUCAAGAUUGGAACGAUCCAAAAUCGAAACUUCAACAGUGUUGUUUAACAUUGCGUACCAUGGAAGGCGGAGAACCUGAUAUUCCAAUUUAUAAGGUAAUCGAGUGCAAAGGUCCCACGAAUACACGUGUUUAUACUGUAGCCGUAUACUUUCGUGGACAACGAUUAGCCAAAGCGACAGGUCACAGUAUCCAACAAGCGGAAAUGAAUGCUGCCCGGCAAGCGUUAGAAAAAUCACAAGAUUUGUUCCCACAAUUGGAUCAUCAAAAACGUGUGAUUGCAAAAAGUAUGAAAAAACAAAAGAAUCAACGUUCCUUACAAUAUACGCCACAUUCGUCCUCUUCACCCACACCGAACCAACAGCAACAAAGUGAUAGUUAUUCGUCGAAACAACAACGUAAUAAUCGUGAAACAACGUUACCAGAAUCAUAUCGACAAAAGAAUACGAAAAAACGUUCGACAUCAUCAUCGAAAAAUUCUAGCCCAAAAUCUGAUGAUUAACGUGUUCAGUAUUUUUCAUUUUUUUAUUUAAAAUAUUCUUGUUAGUCAAAAAAAAACUGCCUAAAGAAAAUCUACGUUAUUUUCGCCAAAAAUUUUUGACGUCUGAAAAGUCUUUCAAGUUUCACACAUAAUUACAGAGUGCCCUAAAAAAAUAUGACACUAUGAAUAAGCGUUGGGUCCAAUCGGAAGAAAGAUUUAACUUAUAAAUUAAUAUUUUUUAAAACUGCGCCUACCUAGUUUUUUCACACAUACAUUUUGAUAAAAAAAACCCUAGCUCUUUUCUUUAAGAGAGUGAAAAUUCGAAAUUUCACUCAC